CUGGCAUUCCGGGGCUGGCCGGGGCGCGCCCGAAGCGGGGAGAAGCGCGGUGAGGCGCCGGCCCCAAAGAUGUCGCUGCCGCCGGAGAAAGCCUCGGAGCUGAAGCAGCUCAUCCACCAGCAGCUGAGCAAGAUGGAUGUCCAUGGCAGAAUAAGGGAAAUCCUCGCUGAGACAAUAAGGGAAGAAUUGGCACCAGAUCAACAACAGUUAUCAACAGAAGAUUUGAUCAAAGCCCUUAGACGUCGGGGAAUCAUUGAUGAUGUGAUGAAAGAACUUAAUUUUGUUACUGACAGUGUUGAUCAAGAACUACCUUCCUCUCCAAAGCAACCUGUUUGUUUUACUGAUAGACAAUCAACGUUGUUAAAAAAAACUAAUAUUGAUCCAACACGGAGGUAUCUUUACCUUCAGGUUUUGGGUGGAAAAGCUUUCUUGGAACAUCUACAAGAACCUGAGCCUUUACCAGGACAAGUUUGUUCAACCUUUACUUUAUGUUUACAUUUUCGAAACCAACGUUUUCGUUCUAAACCUGUUCCAUGUGCCUGUGAACCAGAUUUUCAUGAUGGCUUUUUACUUGAAGUACACCGAGAAAGCUUAGGUGAUGGAACUAGAAUGGCUGACUCAACAACAAUGUUAUCAAUAAGUGAUCCAGUUCAUAUGGUGCUAAUCAAAACAGACAUAUUUGGUGAGACUACUUUGGUAGCAUCCUAUUUUCUCGAAUGGCGAUCAGUUUUGGGCUCAGAAAAUGGAAUAACCAGUCUCACUGUGGAACUUAUGGGUGUAGGCACAGAAUCAAAAGUUUCUGUGGGAAUUUUAAAUAUAAAACUUGAGAUGUACCCACCACUCAAUCAAACAUUAUCUCAAGAAGUAGUGAACACACAGCUUGCUUUGGAACGUCAGAAAACUGCAGAGAAAGAGCGAUUAUUUCUUGUAUAUGCAAAGCAAUGGUGGAGAGAAUAUUUGCAAAUUCGACCCUCGCACAACUCACGGCUGGUUAAGAUUUUUGCACAGGAUGAAAAUGGGGUAAAUAGACCAGUUUGUUCCUAUAUUAAGCCACUUCGAGCUGGGAGGCUUUUGGAUACUCCAAGACAAGCAGCAAGAUUUGUUAAUGUCCUUGGUUAUGAAAGAGCCCCUGUUAUUGGAGGAGGAGGUAAACAGGAACAGUGGUGCACUCUGCUGGCCUUUCUCUGUAGAAACAAGGGUGACUGUGAAGAUCAUGCUAACCUUCUGUGCAGCCUUCUUCUUGGAUAUGGAUUAGAAGCCUUUGUCUGUGUUGGGACUAAGGCAAAAGGAGUACCUCAUGCGUGGGUGAUGACCUGUGGAACUGAUGGAACUAUCACUUUUUGGGAGAGCUUAACAGGACACAGGUACAUCCACAAACCUGCCAAUCCUGAUGAAUCUCCAGUUGCUGAACAGCCCAAACCAUUGCACCCAUAUCGAACAAUUGGUUGUGUUUUCAAUCAUCAGAUGUUCCUGGGAAAUUGUCAGCCCUCUGACUCAGUAGAAAUCUGUGUAUUUGAUUUGAAUGAUGAAUCCAAAUGGAAACCCAUGAGUGAAGAAGCAAUCAAAUCUGUGUGUGCUCCGGGAGCUACAACAUCCCUUCCUCCCUUUCCCCCUCUAUGUGCGUCCACAAUUGAUGCUUCAGUAACAAGUAAUGAAAUAGAAAUGCAGCUAAGGCUGCUAGUGUCAGAACACAGGAAGGAUCUUGGUCUCACUACUGUUUGGGAAGACCAGCUUUCCUAUCUCUUAUCACCAGCUUUGGCUUCUUAUGAAUUUGAGCGUACAACAAGUAUAUCUGCAGGCAAUGAAGAAUUUCAAGAUGCCAUAAGGAGGGCUGUCCCUGAUGGUCACACAUUUAAAGGGUUCCCAAUACAUUUUGUAUAUAGAAAUGCAAGGCGUGCAUUUGCCACAUGUCUUCGGUCUCCUUUCUGUGAAGAGAUAAUCUGUUGCCGUGGAGACCAGGUGCGACUGGCAGUUCGUGUCCGAGUGUUUACUUACCCUGAAUCUGCAUGUGCUGUUUGGAUCAUGUUUGCUUGUAAAUAUCGCUCGGUAUUAUAGGACUAACAUUUCUAUAAGAAUAUAUCUGUGUUUUAUUGGAAUUUUAUAUAUUGUACAUUACUAGCUGUUUAGAGGUUGUUAUUUUAAGAAUCACAUUCUGGCUUGGAUGUCAUGUUUCACUUUUGUAUAUACCUGACUGAUAAUGUUUGAAAAAAAUCAUGUAUGUAUUUAAAAAAUAAGGAUAAAAAACUUGUGUAAAUCUGAGUGGAAUUUAGUAUAAAUUAAGUGUAUAUUUUAAUAAAUGCUACUUUGUUUACAGGUAUUCAGUAGUUUAAAUAUGAAUAUAAAAUUUACUCCAUUUUCUUUACAUUAACAGGUAAUCAGAGAUAUUUAUUUGUCCAAGGGUUUGAGCCAUAGUAAAAUCAGUAUCAUUAUUUUUCAUAGAUUAAUGGGAUUAUUUUAUAUAAUUAGAAAUUAACCUCACAACAGAUUUAUUUAUUAAAUAAGUGAAAAUACAUUUUGAUGAAUUAUCACUUCUGUGGUUUACCCGUGGCCAUGGGAUAUUUGAGACUUUCCAGGGAUUUAUGGGAAGACUUUGAUGCAAGAGUAGGAAAAACAAAUAGCAGAAAAGCAUAAAUAUUAAU